AUGGAAAGCAACGCAUUUGGAAGCAGCCAUUUGCCGUCACAAGCUUUAGUCGUUCUUUCGGAGGCUGCUUCCGGUUUGCAUGAGGCUUUAAGGGGCCAACGGCCUUUUCCAACACGAUUACCAGACGCCAAAGAUCUACACAACAUGUCACUUGUCGGCAGUUAUGGCACACAUCUGCUGCACAGCUUCCAUCCACAUCUUCUACAGACGCUCAACCAUGGCAUGCUGGCGGCCAAUGGCGGUCCAGCGAGCUACUUUGCCGAUCGCGGACUCGGAAAACCGUCGGUGCUAUCGAAUUUUCAAUUGCCUUCUGCGUUUUCACCACCCAAAUAUAUUGGCAUAUCACUCGAUCAGAAUCUCUUCAACGGCAACGAUUCAUUUCGCACAGACUCGGCAAGUCCUACUUGCACUUCCCACGAAUCGAUGGAAGGAUCAAACGAUUACGACAACGGUGAAAAGGGUGAAAGUCCGCGCAGCAACAACUCAGAUCCGAGGGAUUUAAGGCAUGUCCACAGCAACAAUGGUGGCGGCAGCAAUAGCAGUAGUAGUAGCGGUGGCAUUGGUGGGAUCAAAGCGUCAUCAGCAGCUGCAACGGCAACUUCCAUGGCGGCCGCCGCUGCGGCCGUAGCCGCCUCAGUGGCGUCAACCACAUCCUCGCCUGCGUCAGUAAAUCAUCUCGGUCAUCACCAUCAUCAUACACACCAUCAUCACCAUCAUCCGAAUGGUGGCCUGUUAGCCGCGGCGAGUUUGGGUGGCAUGGGUGGCCUCGGUAUACCGGUAAGCUGUGCAGGUUUGCGCGGUGUGACGAGUGGUCUCAGUGGCUUGACCACAGCUGGUGGCGUUGGUGUGGGCAUUGGCAGCGGUGGCAGUUCGAGUGGCAGCAAUAGUAGCGGCCUAGCGAGUGUACUCAGUUUGCCGCCAGGUCAUGUGCCAGAUAUUUGCCCCAUCUGUGGUAUUAAAAUUUCGGCAGAAGAAUGGAAUUCACACUUUCUGACUGAACUGGACCGGCUCUAUAAGCUGAGCUCGGGUUUGGAACGUACGAAUUUACAAGCAUCUUACAUGUUUGCACCGCCAUGUCCAGCGCAAGAGAAUGCCAUACGCACCAGCCACAAUCGCUGGGAGACUUUCCAAAGGAUACGCAAUAAUAGACAAAAUCGUUUAAGAAUAAAGGGGCGAAAACGGAAAUAUGGAAAUGAUCUGUACUUUAUGGAAAAUCUCUUUUGCAAUUCCUGCCCGAUAUGCAAGCGAAAAUACGCGAUCGAAGCUGGAAAGAUGCCACCGGAGGAGGACACCAAAAUGCAAGAAGAAAUCGAAACGGUUGAUGUGGAGAGUUGCAAUGAUGAUGUGCCCGAUUCCGGUUCCGAACUCACCUCACACUCGCAGCUCAGUGUGAACAGUUUGAGCCAUGGUCAUCACCAUAAUAACAUUGGUAAUACGACGUUGAGCACCAAUAUGCACAGCAACAAUAGUCAGCCCGGAAAAUUAGAUGGAAUCUUGUACCGAACGGCUUGUGUGAUCAAUAAAGAUGCAGCAAAUAGUGAGGAUGAUUUGAAUGCAACCAGCACUAGUGGGGGAGGAGGCGGUGGUAUUGCACCAAAUUGGAAUCAGGCGCAACACAAUACAGCUGCCACCAUUACGACGCAACAAGGACAUAUCAGUGUGAAAAAUGUCAGCGAACUGUCAUCGACAACCCAUCACUUCUACAACGCGGACUCGUGCGGCGCCGUUGAUGAGCGCUCCAGCAGCGGUGUUGCAGGGGGAGGCAACUGUAAUGGCAAGGAUGUUUCAAUGGAAACAUGCAAUGCCAAUGACAGCGACGAGGAUGUCAUUGUGGACGACGAUGAUUCUAUUAAAAUUACGAAUCUCUGCAGCAACAAGAAACGAAAGUACGAGGAAACCGUAGUUAGUAGCAGGACAUCGGAUAAUCACUCUCCAAUACUUGAGCAAGAACGGCCACGCUCGGAGCCACAAGUGACCAGCACAGAGCCGAACAUGGAAAUGGCUAAUAAUAAUAACAAUAAUAAUAUCAACAACAACAAUUCCAAAUACACCACCUUCGAGGAGUUGCGUGCAAAACAACAACAACAAGCGGAAGCGGAGAAUGGGCAUAGCAUUGGCGGCAACGUAGGCGGUGUUGGAGGAGGUGGCAAUGGCGGUGGUGGUGUGGGCAAUUGUGGCCCGAAUGUGAACUUAAUGGUGCCGGGACUUACGCAAUUGGACACAAAGGUGGGAUUUAGUUCGGAUAAUAAACCGGACGAUGAAAACAAAUGUUUCAUUUGUAAGACAGGUAUAAAGGAUUUUGCAACGGAAUCCUUCUUUCGCGGCCGCAACUUGUACUUCCAUCAGAGUUGUGCGAAUGUGAUGAGCAGCUAUCGGCUAAGUAAGGACUUGCAGCAGCAACAACAAAACCUGAUACAACAACAACAGCGAGAAGCACAAAAAUCACCAUCGCCGCAACAGUUGGUGAAUCUUUAAGAAUUUA